GGGUAGCGGCGGCGGCGGGGAGGCGGCCAUCUUGAUUCUUGGAUGGCAUGGCCCAGCUCGGAAAGUGCGCGACGACGAGAAAUGUAGUUAUUUCGUUAAUAUAAUAGGUUUAUUAAUACGAUAGACGUUUGUGGUGUGAACGAGGAGUGUCGCGCCCGUCCGCGGGGCUCACGGUUAUUUCGCCGAAGGGCAGUUUCGCCGUACAACAAGACGAAAUGGAUGCGGUUAAGGCGUUCAACGCCGAGCUCUCGUCGUUGUACGAUGUUAAGCCACCAAUAUCCAAGGCCAAGAUGACAUCUCUUACUCGAGGUGCAAUCAAGGCCAUCAAGUUUUACAAGCAUGUUGUUCAGAGUGUAGAAAAAUUCAUACAGAAAUGCAAACCGGAGUACAAAGUCCCAGGUCUGUACGUCAUUGAUUCGAUAGUUCGUCAGUCGCGGCACCAGUUUGGGGUUGAGAAGGAUGUUUUUGCUCCAAGGUUUGCUAAAAAUAUGCAAACGACGUUUCUUAAUUUGCUGAAAUGCCCACCUGAGGACAAAAGUAAAGUAAUACGUGUCCUGAACCUCUGGCAGAAGAACGCAGUAUUUCAACCUGAAGUUAUUCAGCCGCUUUUUGAUCUUGCCGACCCUAAUCACCCCAUUCAUAAGGAACAGCCUCCUAACAGUAAUGGUACUCUCAAUGUUACAAAUGCUAGUAAUUUAAGCUCCAUAAGCGCAGUUACAAAAACACCACCUUCAGCAGUCAAAAACACACCAAAAGACCAAAAGAUGUUCCCAUCAUCAAAGUCUAUUGAUCCAGCCUGGUUGGCGCAAACUAAAAUGGAAACUGCGAACAUAGCAAAUGCUAGUAAAAUGAUGGGUCAAGGCGGAACUAAUCAGGUUGAUGCGACGUUGUUAGCUCAACUUCAGCACUUGCAGCAACUGUUACUGAAAAAACAGGAAGCAGCUACUGUUAAUGAGAACCAGUCAUUGGUCAAAUUUGAUAAGAAACUCCUCGACUUCGACUACGACGAAGAAGAAGAUGACGAUGGGAUCAUGGGUAGUUCACCUGUAGCCAUACAGUCGAACUUGGGACAACACAAUUCAGGACCAGCUGGUGGGAGCCUCGAAGGAUUGGGAACUCUGCUUACUAAUCCCGAGGUCCUCAAACAGUUGCAGACAUUACAGCAAACUAUGCAGAGUGGCAAUGCUACUGCAACGCAGCACGAAAUGGAGGAAAAACGGCGCAAGUUACAACAAAUGAAACAGCAAGAGGAUGAAUUCGAUAAACACUUAGCACAAACAGUUCCUAGUUUACCGUUUGCCUCCGAAUGUGAAUUGAAGCCCUCCGAUGUUCUUAAGCCAUCGCAGCAAAGUGGAAUUUAUAAUGCUGUAGCAAACAUCAACAUGAAUGCUGCGCUCAUGCAACAAGACAUGAGUCAGCCACCGCCAGGUUAUCCUCCGGCAUUACCUUACGCUUCCCAGCCUCCGCAGAGCCUGAGAGUCACUCCACAGUCCUCACUUCAAAAUGUGAAAAGUCCCUUGAUUGAUGAGAGGCAGGAUUCCAUGGACUUUCCAAGCUCCGCUCCAACAAGACGGGACAGUAGCAGUGUCGAGAUAGUAAAUUGUGACAACAUAAGGUCACAAAGUGGUUCACCAGACAGGUAUAGGCGACGUAGUCGGUCUAGAUCUCCCCGUCACAGGGAUAGAGACCGGAAUCGUGAGAGGGAUAAAGACAGAAAAUCUCGGUCAAGGAGUAGAUCUAGGCGCAGGAGGUCACGAUCCAGAGAAAGAGAUCGUGAACGAAAACGCGAUGAUAGCCGAGACAAAAUGUCUGAGGAAGAACGGGAAAAACAAAGAGAACGGAGAAAACGAGGCCUUCCACCAAUCGUAAGAGAGAAGCUUAGCGUUUGCAGCACAACGUUAUGGGUUGGUCAUUUGUCGAAAUUGGUUCAUCAGGAAGAACUUUCAGAUACAUUCGGAGAACUGGGGGACAUAGUUAGCAUUGAUCUAAUAUCGCCUAGAGGAUGCGCUUUUAUAUGCAUGAAUAGGAGGCAAGAUGCUUAUCGAGCUCUUACCAAGUUGAAAAGUCACAAAAUGCAGGGAAAAGCUAUAACGCUUGCUUGGGCACCAGGCAAAGGAGUUAAAGGCAAGGAGUGGAAAGAUUACUGGGAAGUUGAGCUUGGCGUCAGUUACAUACCGUGGAAUAAGUUGAACAAUGUAACAGAUCAGGAUCUAGAAUUAUUGGAGGAAGGUGGUAUGAUAGACGAAGAUACACUGCCGCCCAGAUUGAAGGGUAAACUGAAGCAUGCUGUGGCAAACGCAGAAACGCUGCAGCACCAGCUACACCUUCAGCAGCAAACUCUUGCCACUGCAUCUGUAGCGGGGACACCAAUUCCCACAUUAACAGAUGGUAUUGUUAAUGUAAUGUCCUCUGCCGAGAACUCUCAGCAGCAGCAACAGCAACAGCAGAUGGUCGAUACCAGUCAACCACCGCCCAUUAGACCGCCCACCAGUGCAUCUUUGCUCGCCCCCCCUAACUCUCAACUUCAACUGAUGCCUCCAGGCUUUCCCAUCACUGGUGUAACACGUAUGAUAGGUCCCAUGGGACUUCAAAUGACGCAUGGACUGAUGCCCAACGUACCUAUCGGUGUACCUCCACCAAAUAUGCAGGGACUAAUCGGCCCAGGUAUGAUGCAAACCAUGCUGACUCCUCCAGUGAAUUCACCUUUUGGAGCUGGAGUUGGUGUAGGUCUCCUUGCUCAAAUUCCGCUUCCUGCGCCUGCUGCACCUUCUGACAAACCUAGUGCCACAGGCAUGCCGCACAAUGUUCCGCCCAUGGGAGUGCCUCCUCCGACAUCAGAGGCAAAUUUGGCAAAUCUCCCAAUGCUGAGACAGCCGUUCGGUAUCGGUCCACCGCCACCGAUGCAGAUGCAAAUGUCGCAGCAACAUCACUCGGACGAUAUGGAUGUCGAGAUGGAAAUGGAGGACGAAAUACCGCAGAAUACGAUAACCAUGCCGAAAGAAAAGCAGCCGAAUUUGAGUGACCAGCUUCUUGCGGCAAUGGGAAAAGCCCAUCUGACCGAAAAUAGACUAGAAGAUGAUGGUCUCGGCCGAGAAAUGAGAGCCGAAAGGAACAGAGAUAGGGAUCGAGACCGGGAAAGAGAGAGACGAGACAGAGGAGACCGCGAGAGAAGCGAUCGAGACGAGAGCGCUGAUUCCAGACGAGAUCGCGGACGGGGAAGAGACAGGGGACGCGACAGACGAAGAGAUGGUCGAGAGAUGCGUGACAGGGACAGAGAGGAGCGCAGAGAUCGCGGAGAUAGAGACGGCCGGGAAAGUAUAAGGUCAGACGUGUCUAGCGGUCUGCCAAAUCAAAACAAUACUCACGAAAUGGACGGCGGGGGUUCAAAAAAGGACGUGAAACCGAGUCUAGCGGACAGGCUACGGCAAUUGGCUGAUGGCACACUGCCUCUUGACGACAGAAUGGACAGGAAUAACAGGAGCGACAGAAUCGAUCGGGACAGAGGCGAUAGAUCUUACGAAGAUGUCAUUGUCGGUGGUCGCAGACCGGGCGAUUUACCCCCAUCUUUAAUGGAUCUACCCAAAUUUCCCCUGGGACCUCAGGACAGACCCGACUUCGGACCUAGGGGACCCGACUUCAGAGGCGUAUCGCAGGAUCUUAGGGAUUUUCCUCAGCGUGGACCUGGCGACCGGGACAGACCGGGCUAUGGGGGCAGGGGACCGGUCGGACCGCCGCGGGGACCGAUCGAUGAUUUUACCGAUCCGAGAAUGCAUGUCGGAAGAUUCAAUGAUGACUUCGACAAUAGAAUGGGGCCCAAUGGUCCGAGGGCCGAUGAUUUUAACCCCAGAAUGGGACCCGUUAGGGAUGAUUUUGACCGUCCUGAUAUGCGGGGCCGACAUCCAAUGGAUGAUUAUGAGAGGGAACGCUACGAGUACGAAAUAAGGCAGCGCGAAGCUGGCUUUGAUCCCAGAAUGGCUGACGCUUUCAAUACCAGAGGUCAUCCUGAUCAUCCAGACUUCGAUCCUAGGCGGAGAGACUUUUUCCCAGGACCCAUGGAUCCGGGCUUUGGACCUCCACCUAUGAUGGGGCCAAGGGGACCCCGUGGACCCAUGGGGCCUGAUGGCUUCGGUCCUAGAGGCCCUGGAAUCGGACCGCCACGUGGUCACGGCCCUCCUAUGUUUCACCCACGGGGUAUGGGUCCAAGGGGUAUGAGGCCUGGUAUGAGGCCACCUUUCGGGCCUCGAGGGCCGCCGUUCGACCCCAGAGAAGCAGAUUCCUUCUUCAGGCCACCGUUUGACGAUCCGCGUGGUCCUCCAGGGCCACAUAUUAGACCACCGUUUGCAGCGCUCGGUCCUCCAGCUGGAGGGCCUGAUGGUCCUUGGAGAAAUCAAGAAAAUGGUCCACCAGGAUCGUGGCCAUUAGACGAGGUGGAGAAUGGUGUUGAACAUGGUGGAGACGUUGGCGAUCUGGAGGAAAAUCACACGAGUCACAGGGACAAUGAGGGAAGAGCAAAGUCUCAGGAUCGUGAGAGUCGUAACAGGAGCAGAAAAUCAAGAUGGGGCAAUGUGAGCCCGCCACCUGCGGAUCAUACGUUCAAUGAGGAAAGAUCAAUAUUCGGCGAAGAGAAUGAUCAUGAGAAACAACCGUCAUCCUCAGCUCCGAUUUUAGAGGAAAUAUUUGAAACAAGCAACGAGAAUUUAAAUGACUUCGAUGAUUUGCCUGAACAUGGUUCUGAGUUAGUCGAAAAUUUGGAAACGUGUGACGCUCCGGAGCACUGCCAUUCUGCAAAUAACCAGAAAGAAAAUGACAAACAAGAAGUGGUUCACAUAUCUCCUGAAACAGCAAAUGAGUUUGCCAUAGAAUCCAAGAACGAAGAAAUGGAUGGCUUAAACGAAUCUUUUAAUGCACCUGACGAUCAUAUCGAUUCUUACGAACCUGAGGAAAAAGUCUUUGACCCAGCGGACGAACACGUGAAUGUGAAUAUUGAAAGUGUUGAAAACCAGGCUAUGCCUGAAUCCCGAGACGAUCAAAACGAAGCUAAUGAUCAUGUUGCGUCGCCAAAAUCGGAAUCAGAUGAGCUGCUAUAGGAAGUUAAUGAAUGACCAAAAAGUAAAUUUUUAGCUAAAGAAGGAGCCGAAAAAAAUCAAUGCACGAUAAAAAUUAAAUAUACUGCAGAUUUGAUAUUCAGCUAAGUAUGAAGAGAUUGAAAGAAAGGAGUCUUUGUGAGUGAAAGGAAGUGAAAACAAAAAACCAGAAAGACUAAGAAAAGCGUAUGCAUGUUGUGCAUAUUAAACGCAUACAUAUAUACAUCCAAAAAUAUGUAUAUGUGUAUGUAUAUAUAUAUCUACACAUUGUAUAUAUACAUUGCAUAUAUACUUUACGGUGGUCCUUAUUUGAGGGUUGGACAAAUUUUCUUUGGUUAUGCUCCCAGAUCUGUUCCAAAUCAUUAAAAAAACAUCUGUAAAGUUUUAAGCCUCUACGGCAAUUGGAACACAUGUCUCUAAGCUCUGAAAGUUUUAAACAUAAAAUACAUAUAGUUUUUAUAACCAGGUAUAUCGUUUUGUUUGACUUUGAUAUAAAUUAAAGGACCGAUUUCAAACUUGGCAGUGCUGUUGCAUAUAAUGAUAGAAACAAACCCUGAAAAUUAAAAAAUUUUGUCAUAAUUUUAUAAUAUAUUACUUUUGUUAUAUAAGCUUAAUACCAUCACUUUUAUUAGGUUUAUACAUUAAGGAACAAUAAUUAUAAAAUUGUGGCAUUUUCAGAGUUUGUUCCUAUUAUUAUGAGCAACAACUCUGCCAAGUUUCAAAUCGGUCCCUUAAUUUAGACCAAAGUCAUAAAACACGAAAUACCUGGUUAUAAAAACUAGAUGCAUUUUACAUUUAAACCUUUCAGAGCUUUGAGGCAUGUAAUCCAGUUGUUAUAGAGGCUUAAAACUUUACACAGACUUUUUGAAUGAUUUGGAAUAGAUCUGGGGGGCGUCCCAACAAAAAUUUUUCCGACCCCCAAAUAAAAACCACUGUAAUAUACAUAUAUACAUAAAUGCAUUGUGUAUGCGUAUCCAUGUAUAAGAUGAUAGUGAUCAAAGUUAUUUAAUCUAGGAAGUGAAAUACAGAGCGGACUUUCGGACUUUUCUUUUGCGAGCGCCAUACUCCGGAGUGGUGGGGAGCUAUGGGUCCAGUGAGUUUAUUUUUACUACUAAAGUCAUUAGGUAAAGUCGCAAUGAAUAAUGAAACUUGAUGAUGAAUGAUAUCUUAUUCGUUUAGACAAAGCAAAGUUAAUGAUAAUAAUAAUAUUAUUAACAAAUUAAUUAAUGAUUCCAUCAAAGCUCUAAACUUUUAAUGUAUAUACAUUAUACAUACAUACAUACUUGUAGGAUAUACAGACAUAUGUCUGUAUACUGCUGCUUCUUAAUUGAACACUGCUGUGAUAGUGAACACAGGACCUAUCUACUAAGUACCUAUAGGAAAGACAAAAUGAUAGAAAAUUAAAGAGAGAGAGAGAGAGUAAAUAGUAACAAUAGCAAUAAUAAUAGUCAGAAUUAGUUGUCUUCAAUGAAAAUGAAUUUGAUUUCUUUCGCCGCGUUUUUGUUUAAUCAGCAGAGUAGGAUAUAAAUUUUACUUAUUGAUGACUUUUUUUGACCAUCAAUCAGAAUUUAGAUUGCUUUGAAAAGUAGGAAAUUUUUGAUGAAACGCGAUCACCGAUUAAAAAUAUGUGGGUACAAUUGAAAGUAGUAAAAUAUAACUAGUAAUUUUAUUAUCAGUCAACGAUAGUUUUUCUUAAGUGUCUUUUGUUUCUUUUCUUCUUCUGACACUUCUCAACUUCCAUUCACCUAGCUAUUUCGCCUAUGUAGCAAAAUUUUUUUUUUUUUUUUUAAUUUUAUUUUUAGUGAGUAAAUUCGUAGGGGUGAAGGGACAAGAAAAGAAGGAGAAAAUAGAAAUUGUCGAAGUAAAACUUGUUUUCCAAUGAAUUGUUAGCAGGGAAGGGAGCGGGUACCUUACAGCGUGCGUAUGGUAUCUUGUAUUACUCGUUUAUGUACCGAGCCUGCAAUCAUGUAACGUUAUUAAUUUAUUGAAUUGUACAUACAUACACGCGUAUAUUGACUAAAUAAUUUUAUAUUUUCAUAUAUAGACGAAAUGAAUGAAGAGUAGCAAAUAUAUUCUAUAUAAUUACGUAAAGACAAAUGAAAUAAAUGCUGUGCAGUCAACAGUUGCUUAAGCAUGAUCGUAAUUAUAUUCAAAAAUGAAAUGAAAUGAACUGAAAAAGAUAAGUAAUCAAAAAAAAAAGAAAAUAAGAAAACAAGAAAAAUAGAUAAAAAAGUAAUAAUAAACAUUUUAUACAAAUCGUUUGCAAAUAAAUAUGGCGUUAUCAUUCCAACUUUCUGCACUGCUCCUAAGAAUAAAAUACUAUUUUCUUACAUACUUUGCAUCAUUGCAGAGAAUUAGGUUUAUCUUCCGUAACUUCUUUCAAGUUUGUAAUUAUUAAAGUGAAUCAAACUUAAUUUUUAUUUCAAUUUUCUUCUCACCGUGCUUCGUAUAUUAGUAAAACUCUGCAGAAGUAUACAAUAAAAGCAUUUGACGACUCAACAACAAAAUUUUCCAAUUCUCUACGUAUUGCAUCUCUAUUGUAUGUACAUUAUAAAAUAUCUUACAUUAUCUUAUAAAUGAAUUGGACUUCAUGUUGCAAGAGCAUAUUUUUGAUUUGAAAAGAAAAAGAUGAGUAUACGUGAAGAAAACCUAGGUGUGUCAUAUUUGAUGCAAAGUUAUGAUCUAAGGUAUACAAUCAAUAACGAGAAUGAGAUGAUAUAAGAAAUAAAAUGAGGUGGAUAUUUUUCUUGAACAACCCUCGGUUCCUGUGUUCACGCGCAAGCAAGCAAGCAUUCAAGUGUACCCUACUUGUACAACGCAGCGAUGGAUAACUCGCGCUUGCGCUCAAACUGAGUGACAAGUGCAAGGUACUGUCCCUAUUACCUACGUACGUCAUUCGUUAUUAAAUUAAUAUUUGAGUGAAGUUAAAAUGGAAAACGAAUAAUUCAUGUGUCGAUAUGAACAGAUAUGUGAAAAAUGACGUCAGCCCGCACCACUCCUGCAAAGGCAAAGAAAGAAACUCUCCGUACACUCGCUCGCACUUACUUUGUGAUUCCAACCGACUCAAUAACACGAUUUGUAUUUUAGUGUACUGGUUUUUUUUUUUUGAUCAAAUAGGUCCGUAUUCAUAGCUGUUAUUACCAGAAAAAUUUGAUUCUAAAGAAAAAGGUGUACGAUACUGUAAUAAUCUUAAUUCUGUAUUAAAUAGAUAGGUAUAGUAUCACAACAGUAUAAAAAAGAGAAAAAAAAAAGUUAUGGAAUUUCGUACCGUGCGCCUUUUUUUUGUGUAUUUUUUCUUUUCUCAAAAAACUGUAUAAUUAAUAUCACAUCGUAUAAAAAUGUCCAAUAGCCUUACAAUUGGAAAAGAAAGAACAAAAAUGUAUAGUCAUAAGAAUGUUAUAGCACUUGAAACAUUUGUCGAAAAGAACGGGAGAGCUCCGAGCGUAUUCCAGUGUCAUUGGGAUUUGUUUCUUUUUUUUUCUAGGAGAUUCAUUGUAAAUUGUGAUUUUCAUUAAUUCGCGAGACUAGGAAGAAGAUAUAAAAGAAAUUAUUUGAAGUUAAGAGCGUUCAAGUUCUAGCAAUGUUCAACUAGAUUUUGUAUCUUCAAUUAUUAGUGGAAUACCGAUUAUAACUGCAAAGAGAGGAAGGGAAAAAAGAUACCACUCCAUUGACUCCGAGGAAUGAAUGAGAGAAUGAAUAUAUAUUUAUCUAUAAAUACGGACCUGAAGCGAGCGAUUAAUUUGUUUGGUUUUUCCUUUACAUGAGGAUAUAGUCGUAUCUUGAGAAUGAUUUGGAUUUCUUUUUAUGCUGUACCGUAUGGCGUAUUAAUGAAAUUUAAUAGACUUUCAUUGUAUCGUGAGGUUUGAUCAACUUUUGUUGUCACUAUAAUGUAAUUAUUAUUAUUAUUAUUAUUAUUUUCACUACUACUAUUAUACUUUAUUUCUUUUAAAUAGUUUUAGAACAAUCGAUUAGUUACGCUAUUAUCGCCCUUACUACUCCUUAAUUUAAAUUUUCGAAGUCGAUUAUCUCCAUUUCUCCUUCAAAGCCACAGGGGACUUGUUGCAGACUUAAGGGGGGUGUCCUGGGCGAUUUCGACAUUGACAUGUAUAUAUAUAUCCAAAUAUCGAAGUCCCCGUAUCUCAGACGUAACAAAGGGCUAGACAGCCCUAUUUUAUACACAAUUCUGAACAGAAACACUCCUAUUGCGAUUUUGUAGAAUCCGUGCCAUUUCUUUAUUUCUGCGUCAAAUAAAAAUGUAGUGGAGUGAUUUUGUGCAGAAUUGUGUAUAGAAGGGGGCUGUCGAGCCCUUUUUAGAUUAUGAGAUACGUGGACUUUGAUAUCUGGAGAUAUUUACGUAAACCUCGAAAUCGACCAGGGCACUGCCUUAAUAAACUCUACUCAACUCUACUAAAAUGUCAAUAUACUAGGAAGAAAAGGUUCGUUAAGUCUUUAGUAUGGAGUGGUGCAUGUGGCACUAUUUCAGAAAUCUAUGAAAUUCGUUUAUUCUUUUUUUUGCCAUGCGUGCAUUUCUAACUUGUUUCUUUUUUUUUUUUUUUAUUGUUAUUUGGAAAAUUUUCAGUUUUGUGUACCUACGUAUAUCGUGUGUGAUCAAGAAGAAAAUAUCAGUUCCAGUGUUUCAGUUUCUUCGAAUUUACGUUAUUUGUGCAACAGGUUGAUCAUAAUGAAUUUUCAAGAAAGUACGGAAUAUUGUACCAAAUACAAAAACUAAUGAAUAAGAAUUCGAGAAUUAUCUUUGCCAAAUAUUACAUGACGAUCCGUUAGCUCAAAGCCGCUUCUGAGAACGUUUAUACACAUGCCUUAUACCGCGUUUGAAUUAGUUUGAACUGUCAGCGAUUCUUGGGAAAAUUAUCGUUCGGAAAUACAGUAUAAUAUGCAAAGCCACGCUGUUCUUUUUCGUAGAUAUAAUAUAUAUAUUCGUAUGUAACACAUGUGCACAUGUGAUAUCUCCAUACUUAAUAGGAGGUAUACACGAUAGAUAAGUAUCAAGAAAUGGAAUAAAAUAAUUCGGAUUUUUCAAAACUGAGCUAUGAGUGACAAACAUAGACAACGACGAUGACGACUACAAGUAAGAGAUUUGCAAAAUGACACGCCAUAGCCUACGCGAAAAAAGUCUUUCGUCAGAAAGUAAUUAUUGAUUGUAAAUCGGGAAUUGCACGUACAGCAGUUGCACUAUAUCGAAGUAUAAAGAUACAAUAGUACAAUAAUUGAUUAAUGAAAGCUGGAAAUUGAUUAUUCAUCAAUCAAUUAAUUGUCAAUGCACGUAUAUGAUUGAGAAAUUAGUUGAUUUGUUAUGUGUUUUACACGGGCGUACGAUGCAUAUGACGGAAUAUAUUACAGGUAUACUUAAUACCGAAAAAAAUUUGACUAAGGAUAAAGAUGUACACUUUCAUUUUUCUUCGGCCAAGAAUUACCCGUAUAAUUUCACAUUUAUUAAAAUGUAAUGGAACAGAGUGUAAGAUAGUAUGAUUUUGGAAUAACUGGCGGUGCAACUACAGUGAUGAUGCUCAUUAUCACUACUAUUGUUAUUAUCAUUAACGAGGAAAGAUAAGAUACAAAAUUGAGCAAUUUUGGA